AUGUCGUAUGUUAAGAAUGCGCUGAAGAAUGCAAGGGAUGCCAUUGGUGCCAAAAACUACGAAGAAGCCAUCAAACAAUGUGAAAAUGUACUGCAAUACCAGGCAGAUAACUACAACGCACUCGUGUUUCUCGGAGUGGCUCAAUUAAAUCUUAAUCAACCGGAUGCUUGUGAAAAAUCUUACCGGAGAGCAAUCGAAAUUAAUGAUUCUCAAGUACUCGCAUGGCAGGGUCUCGUCAAAUUCUACGAAAAGCAAGAGAAUUGGGAUGCUCUCAAUGUCACUUUAAAGGAAUUGCUAGUGAGACAGAGUGAACGUAAAGAUGCCAAGCAGUCCUAUGAGACGUUAAGCAAAUUGAUCGAAUUAAAUCAGGAUAAAAUCAAGGAUAGAUUAGGGCUUGUCGCAGCGCUCAAAUAUCUGCUGCCAGAGAGUCCGUAUUAUGAUAUAAUCAAAGACGUCGAGGGCUUUCCUAAAAUAUCAGAUACGCUACAACGAAUCGCUGAUACCUUAGAGGCGGAAGAAUCCGAUUAUAUACGGCGCGAGAUUGACUCAAGACGAAAACGAUUGGGUGCUCCACCACAUUCUACUAUUCAGGCACAGGUCCAUACGGAGGUCUAUACAAAUUCGGAGCUCGAACAAAUAUACGAACGGCUUAUUCGUCUAAGUGAAAAGUCUGAAGUAUCAAUCAAUCUCAACAAAGUUGUAGAAAAAUACUUGGAGCAUCUUCAGAAAAAAAUAAAAGCACUUCCUUUGGUUAAAAAAGUUGCUUUGCGAGACAAACUUCUGGAGGAAGUACAAAAGUCCGUGGAAAGAGAUGUCAGUUCUCCAUUACCAUACGAAAUACUUAUAGAAAAUACGGAUGCUCAGUAUUUAAGUGAUUAUGAUGAGACUUUAUUGAAGAAGUAUGUCGAAAAGUUUCCGAACACUGGGUACUCUAAGAUUGUCAGAGCAUUUUUACGUUACAAAGAAGGAGAAACUGUUGACGAAAUUUUGGAAGUUAAUGAAGACUUUGACCAACAAGACACUGUCUUUGGUCAUUUGUUCUUCAGCUGGUUGUAUCAUGAUUCAAACGAUUAUGAUUCAGCUCUUGAAUAUGCGACGGCUGGAAGAGACAUAAUAUCUAAGGAUGCGAAGGCAACCGGAUUUCUUUUAGAAAGGCAAAGAUAUUCUCUGACCAACUGCUAUCUUAAUAUUGACCCGAAAUAUCAUUCUGACGCUUUUGCUUUGUACCAAGACAUCCUAGAAACAGACAAAGACAAUAUCCAAGCUUUACAAGGUCUCGGGAAGGCGCUUUCCGCACAGAAGAAGUUCGAGGACGCUAUAGAGACAUUUGAACGAAUUCUCAAACUAGAUCCAUCCAAUCACGUAGCAAAAAGUGAAAUAGGUUGGGUAUAUUUCGCAAAAGGGGCUUAUGAUGAAGCACAACGUCUUAUCUCUGAAGCUUUGGAGAUCUGUCCCCAAUGUGCGCGUUACCAUUACAGACUCGGACGGAUUUACUGGUCGAUGGACGAAUCUUACAGAACGGAUAAGGCCUUUGCCUUCAAGUCGUUCUUUCAGGCAAUCAACAUUGAUCAGAAUUGUGCCGACGCAUUUACGUACCUCGGACAUUAUUAUCGAACCAUUGAAGAUGACAGCGCUCGAGCAAAGAAGUGCUAUCAGAAAGCGUUCUCUAUUGACCCACAUAAUGAUGAGGCUGGUCUACAAUUAGGCGCAUAUUAUGUCAAAGACGGCCAAGCUGAUUUGGCUGAGAUUGUAUACCGGAACGCGAUUCAAGCUAAUUCCAGGGCCGGGUGGGCGUGGAAACGUUUAGGAUUUAUUGAAUUAGCGAAAGGAAAUUAUCAGGAUGCUAUAGCGGAUUUCCAGAAAGCCCUUCGAACAGAUGUAAAAGAUGUUCUCUGUUGGGAGGGUCUUGCUGAGGCUUAUCAACGCGAGGGACGAUACACGGCCUCAAUAAAGGCGUUUGUUAAAGCAAUGGAUCUCGACCCUCAGUCUUUGUUUUCUAAUUAUCGGAUGGCAUAUGUAAAACAAAAGCUCGGGCUGUUCUCUCAAGCCAUCAAUCAAUAUAACAUCACGCUUUCCAAAGCCGUCGAAUUAGGCGAUGCGGACCAUUUACCUUCUUUAAAAGGACUCGGUGACAGUUACCUUGCAUUAGCAAAAGAGUAUUUCGUUACAGGAUUUUAUGGUCGCGCUACCGUUGCUACAAACGAUGGAUUACACGCAUUAUUACGCGCUAUAAAGAUAAACCAGCAACUCCAAUGUCUUUGGAAGCUUAUAGCCGAUUUGUGUUCCCUCGUUAGAUGUUUUCCCAACUACCUACAUCUUAUAGAUAUCCGCGUGGUGAAAAAUAUUGUCGAUAAUGUCGAUCCGGCAAAAAUUGACGAGUCUCUUCAUCUUUCUAAGGGAUUGGAUCACCUUGGCUUGGAUAUUAUUCGCGGACUUGAAAGUAAAAAUGUUGCCUCUUCUUUGGAUACUUUGCUAUGUUUCUUGACCUGUGCGUGCGUAGCGUACAAGUACGCAAUUUUUCUUAACGGCAAAGAUAGAGAAUUUGUUGGUGGCUAUUGGCAUGACCUUGGCAUUACGUACUUUAAUAUGCAUAAAACUCUUUCGGAGCAGCCGGAAGGAAAUGACGAAGAGCUCUCUACAUGUUUGUCCAUGUGCAUACGAUGUAUAAAGAUUGCUUUAAAACUUGAACCUUCGAACUUCAACUUUUGGAAUGCACUUGGUGUUGUAAGCCUGACGGUCAACGCAAAAACAAGUCAGCAUGCGUUUAUAAAGUCAAUAGAACACUCGCCAAAGAAUCCAGCCCCGUGGACGAAUCUUGGAUUCCUUUAUUUACUACAUUCCGACUUGGAACUUGCAAAUCAAGCAUUUUCAAAGGCACGUUCUUUGGAUCCUGAUUGGAUCCAAGCUUGGGUCGGCCAGGCUUUCGUGGCAAAUCUGUGGGAAAACGAGGAGGCCGCAGAAUUGUUUGAACAUGCUUUCGAUAUUAGCGGAGGCUAUGUGCUGGAAGCAGACUAUGGCUUCGCCUUCAAAACAUUCAACGAAUGUCUUUCCAAUCCUGCGCGCUCCAGCUCGCUACUUGUUUCUCCAGUGUUUGCUCUAGAAAAAUUAAUUGAGCAAAGGCCAGAUGACGCAGCAGCUCUAAAUCUAAUGGGACUUGUUCUUGAACGUCUUAAUCAACCUAAACGCGCAGCAGAGGCAUUUAGCGCAGCAAUAUUAGCAUUAGAGAAUUCAAGCGAAGAAGGUGAUGAUAUAUCAUUUUCAAGAAAGCUCGCUUACGCGCAUGGGAACCUCGGACGAGUUCUUUGUGCUAGUGAAAACUUUCAUGAUGCGAUAGCUGCUUAUACUACUGCUCUUAAUCUUACCGAUCAAGAAAGUGAAUCAACAGAAUUCAGAAUGUAUUCUCGGCUUGGUCUUGGACUUUCCUAUUAUUUUGCUAAUCAAUUGGAAGACUCUUUGAAAAUGUUCGAUGCGUUGAGGGAUAGUGAUGAUCAGAUUGAAGUAAAUGGGGAUGUGCGUAAAAAUGUUGCAGUGUUACUUGCUCAAGUGCUGUGGGGGCUUGGGGACAUUACAAGUGAUCUAAAUCAUUUACCGGCAUUAUUCGGCUUAUGUGCAAUUGGUUUACUCCAAGAAGAUGAAAGUCUAUCAAUUUCAUCCUUGAUGGAGUUACGCAAGGUGUCACUUGAAUCUGCUGGCAAACUGGACAAGGAGUUUUUGUUUAGUUGUUACUCAUUGCUUAAGGAUUCUCCACAAGAAGCAACAAGAUGGCUAUCAAAAGCCAUACAUCGUCAACCAGCUAAUGCGAUGGCAUGGGCCCGUUUAGCAACCCACCUUAUUAGUAUAUCAUGCUCUAAUCCAACUGUUUCCAUUGCCGAAUCUGCUUUAUCGUUACUAAGAAGUACUCGAUCAUCUCUUUCUAAUACGUUUGAUAGCGCCCAGGCGCAUCAGAAUCUUGCCGCAGCGCUUCUGUUACAGAUUGGAGAGGAUGACAUUGAUCAGGAAACUGUAAGAAAGGCAAAAAAAAGUGCCAUCCGACAAGCACAGCGUGCUAUUUUUAUUGCUCCUUCGAACUUAACAGGAUGGUCUAUACUUGGAGCGGUUUGGCAAAUUUGUUCAAAUGAAUAG